UAUACCUCAUGUCUCUUCAGUAAGUGAGCCUCCAGGAGGGUGGGAAUAGAGGACUUAAGCUGAGUGAGAUACAGACCUAAUCUACUGCUUUGGGAUGGAAGUCUGGUCUUCUGAGGAAAACAGAGGAGAACAGGUCACAUUGUCACCUCCUUCUUCUACCCCACCUGCUGUUGAUCGCAGAUAGACUUUUCUGCAUUCCCUCAGUACUUUUUUAGGGAUGAAGUGUCUUCCACUGCUUCUGCAAUUCCUGCUGUGCUUUGCAUCCAGAACUGGGGCGAAGGUCUUCGAACGCUGUGAACUGGCCAAGAUGUUGAAGAAUUAUGGCUUGGAUGGAUACCGUGGGUACUCCUUGGCAAACUGGGUCUGCAUGGCUUUCUACGAGAGCGGCUUUGAUACCAAGAUGGUGAGACCACAAGACAAUGGCAGCACCAGCAACGGCAUCUUCCAGAUCAACAGUUACCUCUGGUGUGAAGAUUACAAGCACUACACGCCGAACAUAUGCCAAAUGCACUGCAGCGAUCUGCUGACCAGCUACAUCAGGGACGACGUUGCAUGUGCCAUGCGGAUUGUACAAGGACCCAAAGGACUUGGGGCCUGGAAAAUGUGGAAGAAAAAUUGUGAAGGUGAAGAUGUGGAUAUCUGGUUGAAAGGAUGUGAGCUGUGAAAAGACAAAGAGAAUCCAAACUCCAAAAAUAAGGGAAGAGAAGGCUAUUGGAGUGUUUGGCACCAAUAACACAACAAACACCCGUAGACUGUUGCUAUUUUUGGCACUAAAUAGCACUAGCUGAAUGAACUCUUUUGCAGCUCUGGCCUUCGGAGCUAGAAGAGAAAUUGUAACUUGGACUUGAGACACCCCUUUUUGGUAUAAAAAUAUGUGUUCAAACUUU